AUGCCUAGUCCAGGUCCUUGGGAGAUCCCUUUGGAGAUGAUUUUGGAGACCCGUCUGUGGAUGAAGUGCUGGAAGCGGAAAGCCACCUGCAGGAGGCGCCUGCAGCGGAACCUGAGUUGGGAUGUCCAGGAUGUCGAGGAUGUCCAGGACCAGGAUGGCGACGUGAUAGCAAUUCCGGAACAACUUCCCAGCUGUAUCAGGGAUGAUGGCACCGCACCAGCAGUGCAUGCAGCCUUCUACUUGUGGUACGGCAAUAUAGAGACUGAUGGCCGAUGGAUGCACUGGGACCACAAGGUGCUACCCCACUGGGAUCCCAAGGUGGAUGAACUACACAGGAAGUUUAGUUGGCAACCACCAGAUGAGCCACACUCUACGUUCUAUCCAGAAAAAGGCACCUAUAGCUCCGCGAACAACGAGACCUUGCAUGCUCAGUUUCAGGAGCUGCGGCAGGCUGGCAUCGAUUCUGCCAUGUGUUCCUGGUGGGGACGAAAGGACUGGGAAGGCAAACGUGAUGAUGCGGACUCAGGAGCCAACACGGACGUGCUGAUGCCCCAGGUUCUCGAGGCAGCUGCAACUGCUGGGGUUUAUGUGUCAUUCCACAUUGAGCCCUAUGGAGGCCGGACACCUGAAACGUUUUUGGAGGACUUGAAAUACAUCUUCCGGGAAUAUGGGAAGCACCCAGCCAUCUUUCGAGAGGGACCACAAGAACGGCCCAUUUUCUGGCUCUACGACGUGUCAGCGCAGCACUCGUUGUCGGAAGUCGCCCAAUGGAGAGCCGUCCUGGAUGCGGUGCGGGGCACAGAACUGGACGCCAUCUUCCUGCUAUGGCCACCCGCGGCGGCCUACGACCCACCAGCCCAACGAGUGGUCGAGAGCUUUGAAGCUGGAGGAGAGGGCCCUGUGAGGGGACGGAAUCCUUUCAAGGUGGCGCAGACCACUCGUGGAGCUUGCCGUGUUGACGGGAACUGGGACGGUGGUGCACCAGUUGCCAAUGAGAAAUGGGCAGUGGAAGGCAACAUCUUCAAGAGUUGCGACAGAAAAGUGGCGCUCCAGGGGCCACAGCCGCCCCCGGGCCCCCAGCCUCGCGCCGUGCCAAGACACCACCGGCUCUGUGAGAAGCUCAGGGCAUGGUGGGAGGCCGAACGCGCCGUGAGGGACCUGACUGAGGUCAUCGAGAACGCCUCGCUGGAAGAGCUGCGGAAGUUUUUGCGGGUGGCCUUCGACUCCAAGAGACCCUUGGUUGCGAGUAAAGCGCGACAGCAGCUGCUGUUGCUCUUGCGAUCAGUGGUCCGACGCUUCCAUACGCUCAACGCCGGCAGCGAUGCCGCCAAAGCCCUGAAGGAGAGAGUUCUGCCUUUGCUCGUGCACGCAUUGAAGAGUGCCGAGUUGACGGGUGUUGUGGUCACCACGUUGCAUGACAUCUUGGACUGCCACGUGCCCGAAGAAGAUCCCCAAAUGGCCAAGGAAGGUUUCCUGCAAGCAGGCAAAGCAAUCCUCCAAGCCUUGAUGGAUCCCUUGGCUUUAGGCAUGGGUUGGGAUUCUGAAGUGAAGCGACGCUGUGUGUCCACACUUGCCGCCAUUACCCCGGAGUUGCUGAGACGUGCACGGCAAUGUGUGGGAGGAGAGGAGGCUUCCGAUCCUCAAGUCAAGGAACUCCUCGAGACCUAUGCGCGUUUGUUGGUUCACUGUUUGGAGGUGUCGUCGGAUUUGCACGAAGGACUCCUGCAAUGUUUGUUGCAACUCUCCUUGGAGGCGAGUAGCGGCUUGAUCCCCUUUGCGCGGGAAUUGGCCGCCUUGUGUGCUGGGCACUUGUUGGAGACGCCUUCAGCACCGCCGGCAUACCUCCAAGUAAAGGAGAUGCAUCGGCCGGAGUCACCUCCACCAAAGCGGGCCUUGAGCCGCGAUCUGGCACUGGCCUGUUGCGAUUUGCUGCAGCGAUUGGCUCCAUUGCAGGCCGCCGAGGCCGCUGGAGAAAAGAUCCAGUGGCCGCAGUUGCGGAGCCAGGUGUUGCAGGCGCUGGACCGAGAGAACUUGAAUCUUCAACGCUUGACCCGGGGGCAUGAGAAGAUUCGGAAGAGCAUCAAGGAUGCCAGACAGGCCUGGGACGCCCUGCCCGAGUCCUGGCCCUCCGGGACUGCUGAUCCGGAUGAGGAGCAGCUGCCCAAAACACGGAAUCGAGCCAUGCAAUCUGUCUUGGAAAUGCGGCAGAUGGAACAGAUGGAGGCUGAUGCCUGCCUCGCGGCGUCUGGUACUCCCAAGGACGGCACUACACCGCCAAGACGUGACUCGGGCGCCGAGCCCGACGACGAGGGCCUGGCGUGCUUGUGGAUCGGCACUGGCGGUGGACGCGAAGACCUGCGCUUUCUGACGGAGGGCGGCUUCGAUGGCGCGUACACCUAUUUCGCAGCCGAGGGUUUUACACCUGGCUCCAACACCAAGAGUUGGCAAGACGUCUCCGAGCGCUUGAAAAAGAUUGGCAAGAUCUUCGUCCCAUCCGUGGGACCUGGGUAUGACGAUACCCGGAUUCGACCCUGGAACAAGCACAACAUUCGCCUCCGUAAAGACGGAGCGUCCUACGAUAGGAUGUGGUCAGCGGCUCUGAGAAGUCGACCACACGCCAUAUCAGUCACAUCUUACAACGAGUGGGGUGAAGGAACGCAGAUUGAACCCGCGAUGAAACAUCGGAGUGCGAAAGGCGAGUUCUAUCCAUCCUACAGCCCGCAAGAGCACACGUACUACUUGGAUAUCACGCGCUACUGGUCCAGGACCUUUAAGGAGGGUCAGUGUAGAGACAGCGUCGCAAAGAACGAGUUGUAGCG